AUGGGGGAUUCUUCUGGAAAUUCGAAUAGAGUCAAGCUUCGGGAUGGAGCUGGUAGAAGAGCUUGGGGUGUGUACUUUCUGUUCUACGACCGUUCUGGAUAUGGAGAAUCGGAUUCAAACACGAAACGUUCUUUGGAAAGCGAAGUUGAUGACAUAGCAGAACUUGCAGAUCAGUUGAAGAUAGGACCUAAGCUUUCCGGCGUGGCUUUUGUUGCUCCGGUUGUGAAUUAUUGGUGGCCGUCGCUUUCAGGAAAGCUUAUAAAGAGAGAUUACAGGAGAGAUUUCGAACCUGCGGAUCUAAGGAUUAGUCAAGAGAGCUCUGUUCAUAUCUGGCAUGGGAAGGAAGACAAACUAGUUCCAGUUCAUCUUCAAAGAUGCAUGCUCCAUAAGCAACCUUUGAUCAACUACCACGAAAUCCCACAAGGCGGACAUUUAAUCGCGCACUAUGAUGGUAUUUGCGACGCGAUUCUACGCAAGCUAUUAAGCUCGGGGAAGAACAGAAGCCGUAUAAACCAAUCUUGA